AUGAAUGCUACUGGAGCUCGACCAAAAAAUAGGCAUGCCAGGAAUGAUGAGAAUCAGAGUGAUGGAAAUGAAGGAUCGGAUGGCAAAGAAGAUGAAAGAAAUAGAAGCAAUGAGGAGAAUGACAAUUCUGAGCAAAGUCAAGAUAAUGAUGGGGAUCCAAAUGAUGGCCCGUCUCUUAAUGAGCAAGCUGAUGCUCAAAAUAAAAAAAGUGCCAGCAGUGAUGGAUCAAAACGAGUCAGUCCUGUGCAGUUUGAAGAACGAGAACCAAAGAAGUCCACUGGGCCUUCAGGUUAUAAACCAGCUAGAAGAUACCCAAACCGAGAUUCUUUGCUAAAUAGACAUAGAGAUCUUAGUCAAGAAAAUAAAAGAUUGCUUGGUGUACCUUCAACUGUUGCUCGAAAUUCAUCUUUAGCUCCUCUUCUCAGGGAUGGUGGAGGAUUAGGAAGCAUUCUUGGGGACAUUCCGGAUUACUAUACUGACGAAGUUACUGUACAGUUCCUUAAUGCUCAAGUCAGAAGUCUAAAAGAGGAAUUAGAAACCUUAAUACGGGAAUGUGUGGAUAAGGAUGAAAUGAUUAUACUACUAGAACAACGUCUGAAAGAUACUGAAAUAGAUCGUACUAAACUUCAGAGGGAUAAUUCAAACAAAGAACAGCAAAUCGAAAAAUUGCAGAAAGCUCUUGAUGAAACUAAAGAUAAAUGUGAUAGAAUGAAAAAAGAACUAAGUUUUGUCAAUAAGGAAACAGAUAUUUUGAAGCAAGGCCAAAGACAAGCUGCAUCAAUCAAAUCCAAUCUAGAAACUAAACUUGCUAGAUCAUUGGAAGAAAAUGAAAGAAUUAAAGGAGAUUUACGACAAGCAAAACAGAAUAGUAAAGAGGCUCAAGAAAACUACCAAAGAAAAAUGGAAGAACUAACUACUGAAAAUCGUAGAAUUGACAAACAAAACUCUGAGCUUCACAAUGCUAUCAAAAAGCAAAUGCAGCUGAUCAAUAAUUUAAAAAGACAAAAGAUGCAUGUGGAAGCUGCUACAGCUGUACAGUUCUCUGAAGAGGAAUUUAUGAAAGCUCUAGAUCGAGGUACUUGA